AUGCCACCGCGUACUCAUUAUGUACCAUAUACAACUUUGAACUCUGAUGUAAAUAAUACAGUUAUGAAUGAUCGAGUUGAUCGACCAACGAAAUUUUCUAAAGAUGAAGAACAUCAUCUAGAACAAGCAGCUCUUGCUUUACAAGAAUGGGGUGUGCCUUUAUCAAUUGAUGAAUUUCUGAAUCUUGCUAAACAAUAUGCUUUAUCUUUCAAUAGAAGUCAUUUAUUUUCAAAUGGAACACCUACAACUGCUUCUAAUACGACAUCACCUAUUUCAAUUGCUGCAAAAGCAUAUGCUGUUGAUAGUGAAUCUACUCCAUUUAAAUUGUUUAAUUUGGAACGACGUAUGCCUGCAGCUGAUGAUGUUGUUAUUCGUAUUCAUUAUUGUGGUAUUUGCCAUACGGAUAUUCAUCAAGUAUACAAUGAAUGGCACAGUUCAAAAUAUCCUAUGGUACCAGGUCAUGAAAUCACUGGUAUUGUAGAACAAGUUGGUUCAAGUGUCAAACAUUUUCGUGUGGGUGAUACUGCUGGUGUCGGUUGUAUGGUUGAUUCGUGUCGCAAAUGUCAUCUUUGUAAAAAGGACGCUGAACAAAAUUGCCUUGACUCAUGUUUAACAUACAAUAGUACUGAACUUGAUAAAGUAACACCAACAUAUGGAGGCUAUUCCAAUAUAAUUACUGUUAAAGAACAUUUUGUUUGCAAAAUUCCUAAAAAUUUACCAUUAGAUGCAGCAGCACCAUUACUCUGUGCUGGUAUUACACUUUAUUCACCAUUACGACGUUACAAGGCCGACAAAAAUACACGAUUAGCAAUUGUUGGUCUUGGUGGUUUGGGUCAUAUAGGGGUUAAACUGGGCGCAGCUAUGGAUGCUCAUGUUACUGUUAUUUCAACUUCCGAAUCGAAACGUGAUGAUGCAAUGAAACUUGGCGCUAAAGCAUUUCUUGUUUCAAAAGAUAACGAACAAAUGAAAGCAGCUGAGAAUUCAAUAGAUUUGAUUAUUGAUACAGUAUCAGCUCCACAUGAUGUCGCUCCUUUAAUUAAUUUAUUAAAAUUUGAAGGCGUCUAUUGCGCAAUUGGAGCACCAACAAAACCUCUUGAAAUUGGAGCAUUUACUCUUCUAACGAAACGACCGACAAUUACUGGUAGUUUAAUUGGUGGAAUGAAAGAAACUCAAGAAAUGCUUGAUUUUUGUGGUAAACAUAAUAUUACAUGUGAUAUUGAAAAGAUUGAAGCAACACCAGAAACAAUUAAAGCAGCUUAUGAUCGAACAGUCAAAGCGGAUGUAAAAUAUCGUUUUGUUCUUGAUAUUUUAAAUGCAUUUAAAUAA